AUGAAGUGUAUUUUAAUUGUCACUUUUCUCUCUGCAUUCGCCCUCCCAGUGUUCGCAGACUCCGUUUUUGUCGUACCGAACGCUAAUUACAGCAAUCCCCACACGUCCCUCUCUAACGUCACCUGCUCGCGUUUGGCACCGCGUUACGCCAACUUCUCCUCCAUACCUUCCUUUCCCAACAUUGGAGGUAUCCCAGGUGUCGCCUCGAACCCCACCUUAUGCGGCUCCUGCUGGAGCCUCACGCCCGCCCCACCCUGCAACAGCCUAACUCCCCUCUACUUCACUGUUAUUGAUGACGAUACCAAUAAUAUCGUUGACGCUGCCAAACACGUUAAUACUACCAUAUACGCUAUCUCCCUGCAGGCGUACGGUAACUUGACUCACGCGUCCUGCCAUGUGGACGCUGUUUAUGCUGAAGCCGCUCAGGUCCAUGCUAGUAUGUGUGGCAUGUAG